GUUAUCAAAACCAAGGUAAUGUCUGGCUGAGGUGGCACAGUAACAUCAAGGUGACCUCUGAUAGGGAGUGUAGCACACGGCUGCUAGCCAGCUAUUUAUAUAAAGCAUUUACAGACCUUUCUUCUUCAGGUUGCACUCCUGAACAGUUGAACUCAGGUGAUGGAAAGUGUAAGCAUCAGUAUAAGAAUUGUAAAGAUGAUGACAGCAGUGGUGAGGACAGUGAUGAAAACAACUGCUCCUACAAAAGUUGCUCCCCUUAUGCAUACAAAUGCCUCAAUGGAAAAUGCUUACUGAAACCCAAUCCUGAGUGUGAUGGGAAAAGAGACUGUGCAGAUGGAUCUGAUGAAAUGAACUGUGCUUGUGGAAGACACCAGCCUAAGAAAACCAGAAUUGUUGGAGGUGAAGAUGCAAGAUCUGGAAAGUGGCCUUGGCAAGCAAGUUUACAGAUGGGAGCACAUGGCCAUGUAUGUGGCGCAUCUGUUGUUUCCAAUAGGUGGCUUGUAUCUGCUGCCCAUUGCUUCCUGGAUUCUGAUUCUGUGAGAUACUCCGUUCCUUCGGGAUGGAGAGCAUAUAUGGGCUUACAUACUAUUAAUGAAAAGAGCAAUCGUGUAGCUAUGAGAUCAAUCAAAAGGAUUAUUGUCCACCCACAGUAUGAUCAAUCUAUCUCAGACUAUGAUAUUGCCCUGUUGGAAAUGGAGACGCCUGUAUUCUUCAGUGAGCUGCUACAGCCCAUUUGUUUACCCAGCACCUCUAGAGUAUUUGUUUAUGGAACUGUCUGCUAUGUAACUGGCUGGGGAGCCAUGAAAGAAAAUAGUCACCUUGCCAAAACACUGCAGGAAGCUCGAGUGAGAAUAAUUAACCAAAGUGUUUGCAACAAGCUGUAUGAUGAUCUCAUCACAUCACGUAUGCUGUGUGCUGGGAAUCUUAAUGGUGGCGUUGAUGCAUGCCAGGGAGAUUCUGGAGGUCCUUUGGCCUGCACAGGAAAAGGAAUUAGGUGGUACCUUGCUGGCAUUGUGAGCUGGGGUGAAGGAUGUGGUCGGCGCAAUCGUCCUGGUGUAUACACUAAGGUGGCAGCACUUUUUGACUGGAUUCGUUGGAAUACAAGCUGA